UUUUCUAUAAAUCGAUUUUACCAACGCUUACAUUUCAAAAGUAAAGUUUUCAUUUUUGAACUCGGUAAUCGUCGGAAAUAGCCGUACCUAGCCGUAAACUAAUUAUAUUCUAUGGUAAUUAUAAAACAAGCGAAAGCCAAGUACACUGUUUUUAAAUCUUGUGAGAUAAAAUUUCUUUAUGAACUGGAAAUGUGCUCAUACUGGAUUGGUUUUAUUGUUUUUUUUGUAAAAAAGUAUGGUCUGAAAUGUCAUACCUAAAAUGGCGAAGAAAAAAUGUCCUAAAUGUGAACAGACCCUUCCAGUAGCUUGCAAAUCAUGUCCGUGUGGUCAUAUUUUUAUGGCAAAGAAAAACUCAACAGCCAAAGAUUCAGAAGGCAAAAAAAGAAAAAUACAAUCAAAUAGAGUAAGAUUACGGCCAGAAAGAACAAAACGAGAAAUACCUGACUAUGAGUAUGAUGAUGACAUUGCUUGUGCUAUGGAUGUUAACUUAUUCCCGAAGAAGAUUAAAAUGAUAGAUGAAAAUGGUUAUGGUGAUUAUAAUGAUGUUUUCAUUCAAGAGAAAGCUGAAAUGGAACAAUUACAUAACAUGGAUUUGCAAAGAUCACAAGUCAAACGGAGGAGAGGUCGACCUAAAGGCUCAAAAAAUAAGCCCAAAGAUGACAAUGCUGUUGAAUUAUGGGAAGAGAAUGAAGAUUGCAAGGAAUUGAAAUUAGAAAAAAGCAAUUCAAGAAAGAAAGACUUGAAUGAAUUGCCACCAAUACCUGAAGAGAAAAUAAUUGCUUUCAACCUUAUCCUUGAAGACAUAAAUGAAAGGCUUAUUUCACAGAAUAAAAUAAAGUGUGUGUCAGGGUUAUGACAAUGACAAUGGUUUUCAAGACAAUCUACAAUUGUUGUAUAGUUUGCUCAAUUAAUGAGCUGGUUUGGAUAUCAGCUGGUUAAAUGAAGUGUGCUCAUCUGCAGUCUUAUGAUUGUAAAAAGAUAAACGCAAGACCUUCGGCUUUGAUUAGUUAAAUGUAUUGGUCAGGCAAGUUGAAAUUUUAUUAGUUACCAUUUGAUGUGAUAAACGUUUUGUCAAACAAUAUAUACUAGUCUGGAGAGAGUUUACAAUGAAAUAUUUAUUUUCUUACCCAGA